UCCUUUUUGUUCCCUUCAGGCCACACCAUGGGGCUCAGCGAUGGGGAAUGGCAGUUGGUUUUGAACGUCUGGGGGAAGGUGGAGGCUGACAUCACGGGCCACGGGCAGGAAGUCCUCAUCAGGCUCUUUAAGGGGCAUCCCGAGACCCUGGAGAAGUUCGACAAGUUCAAGCACCUCAAGACGGAGGAUGAGAUGAAGGCUUCCGAUGACCUGAAGAAGCAUGGCACCACCGUGCUCACCGCCCUGGGGGGCAUUCUCAAGAAGAAGGGGCAGCAUGAGGCGGAGCUGCAGCCCCUCGCCCAGUCCCACGCCACCAAACACAAGAUCCCCGUCAAGUACCUGGAGUUUAUCUCAGAAGCCAUCAUCCAGGUUCUGCAGAGCAAGCACGCGGCAGAUUUUGGCGCUGAUGCCCAGGGAGCUAUGAACAAGGCCUUGGAGCUGUUCCGGAACGACAUCGCGGCCAAGUACAAGGAGCUGGGGUUCCAGGGCUAG